UCAACCUUCUCAGAGAGAAGCCCAACAAAAUCAGCCCAUUACGGACAAAAACCAGCAACAAGUACGUCUGGGCCCAGCAAGGCCAACUAUAGCAACUACCAAGAAAUAAUCGCCAACUCUCUCCUAAACCUAGGCCAAAUAGCAGAGGAAACCCUCGCCAUCGAAGGGCAGCUGCCCGAAGCUGAGCUGCAGGUGUCCAAGCCGCCAUCCAACGUUGUGCACCUGGUCCAUGAGGAUGCAGGAGAGGAGAUCGUGGAGGAGGAAUGUGACAAGGAGAUUAUCAUCCAGACUGAGGAUGCAGAGGAAGUCAUCGAGGUCACUAGCGAACGCAGCAGCGAGUUGUGUCCGGAGCACCAGGACGACAUGAACUGUGAAGAGUCCUGCAAGCUGCAGAAGGCCAUGCAAGCUGAAGCAGAGGAAGAGGAUGAGGAGGAUGAAGAUGAGGAUGAAGAUGAAGAUGAGGAAGAGGAAGAAGAAGAAGAGGAGGAGGAGGAGGAAGAAGAGGAGGAAGAGGAGGAAGAAAUGACUCCCGAAGUGGUCUGUGAAGAAGCUCCUCACACUUCUCAGGACACACAGAAAAGUCACUGUGAAGGGCAGUUCAGCCCUAAGCCCGAGUACUCUGUCAUCGUGGAGGUCCGGUCGGAUGACGACAAAGAUGAUGAUGCCCACUCCCAGAAGUCAGCGGUGACCGACGAGUCAGAAAUGUAUGACAUGAUGACGAGGGGGAACCUGGGGCUUCUGGAACAGGCCAUUGCGCUGAAAGCUGAGCAGGUGAAAAUUGUGAGGGAGCCCAGCCGGCUGCCAGGAGAACACGUAAAGCACUUCCAGGUCGACGAGAAGCAGAGCAAACCAUUGGACAGCAUCCGAAAGAGCUACUAUGGCAAAGAUCCCUCAAGACCUGAGAAGCGAGAAAUCAAAUGUCCAACGCCUGGCUGUGAUGGGACCGGCCAUGUCACAGGGCUCUACCCUCACCACCGCAGCCUCUCUGGCUGUCCGCACAAAGACAGGAUCCCCCCUGAGAUCUUGGCGAUGCACGAGAACGUGUUGAAAUGCCCCACGCCAGGCUGCACAGGACAGGGUCACGUCAACAGCAACCGCAACACGCACAGGAGUUUAUCUGGGUGCCCCAUUGCUGCUGCUGAAAAAUUAGCCAAAUCACAUGAAAAGCAACAAACCCAGUCUGGUGAUCCUUCAAAGCCCAGCUCCAACUCUGACCGGAUCCUCAGGCCUAUGUGCUUUGUGAAGCAGCUGGAGAUCCCUCAGUACGGAAGUUACCGGCCCAACAUGGUCCCAGCCACCCCCCGGGCCAACCUGGCCAAGGAGCUGGAGAAGUACUCCAAGGUCACCUUCGAUUAUGCAAGUUUUGAUGCUCAGGUUUUUGGCAAACGCAUGCUUGCCCCAAAGAUUCAGACUAGCGAAACCUCACCUAAAGCCUUUAAAUCCAAACCUUUUCCAAAGGCCUCUUCCCCCAGCCACAGCCCCUCCAGCAGUUACGUGAAGAGCACUUCAUCUUCCUCCACAGGCUUUGACUACUCCCACGAUGCUGAGGCUGCUCACAUGGCUGCCACCGCCAUCCUCAACCUCUCCACACGCUGUUGGGAAAUGCCAGAGAAUCUCAGCACCAAGCAGCAAGAGGCAGCCGGCAAGUCCAUGGACAUUGAGGUGGAUGAAAAUGGGACUCUGGACUUGAGUAUGAACAAGAACCGCAAGCGGGAGAGCACAUUUCCCAGCAGCAGCAGCUGCAGCAGUAGUCCCAGUGUGAAGUCCCCAGAUGUGUCCCAGCGCCAAAACAGCACCAGUACCACGAGCAGCACCAUGACCUCCCCCCAGUCCAGCCAGACCUCCCGCCAGGAUGAAUGGGAUGGACCCAUUGACUACACUAAACCAAACCGUCAGCGGGAAGAAGAGCCAGAAGAGUCAGAGCCUGCAGCCCACUCUUUUGCCUCCUCGGAAGCUGAUGAGCAAGAAGUAUCGGAGGAAAACUUUGAAGAACGAAAAUAUCCAGGGGAAGUUACCUUAACUAACUUCAAGCUUAAAUUCCUCUCCAAGGACAUCAAGAAAGAGCUGCUCACUUGCCCUACCCCAGGCUGUGAUGGCAGCGGACACAUCACGGGAAACUAUGCCUCUCACCGCAGGUGGGUUCACCUUUUUUUCCACAGUUCAAACUCUAAAUACAACUUUAGUUUUUAGUAUAUUGUUUGACCAUGUGGACAGUUUGGUUCUGUUU